AUGAAUUCUUCAUCUGCUUCGUCAUCUCGCUCCAGGUCGAGGACAAGGUCUGCAGGUGGAAGUGCCAGAUGUCAAUGUGGUCUUCCUCUCAUCAUUUACACUGCAGGUACUCGACAUAACCAAGAUAGGAGAUUUCUCAGAUGUAGAAAAUGGCAAGUUCCAGGUAGUUGUGGUUUCUUUUUUUGGAUUGAUGACCCAAAUCUGGAAACUGAUACAGUUCAGGGAAGAGAUGCAAUUCAGGGAAGAGAUCCUCAAGUUCAAAGUGAUGCAAUGAGUUAUAAUUCUGAGAUUGGGAAUUCAUUAAACUCUGUUAAUGUUGCUCCUAAUUUGAAUAAAAAGAUUCAGAAGCUCAAGAUGAAGCUUGAGGUUGAGAGAUUCCAGAAGAAGCUCUUAUGUUUGUUUACUCUGGUUGCUUCCAUUGUAGCAAUAUGGUGUUUGUGUAUGAGAAAGGGUUGA